CUCCAACCCACGAAGGAGUGGAGUGGGAGCCUCCACUCUGGUUGGCUGUCACUCGACUAACUCCAUUUUGGAACAACAGCUGUUGGAAGAAGACACACACAAGCUUUAUUUCGCCGUUGUUGGCCGACGCUACCCGAACCAACGAAGCUGUAAUGAGAGCGCUGGUCAUGGACAGAUGAUGGACGUGGAGACGUCGUACUCGGACUUCAUCAACUGUGAUCGUACUGGCCGCAGGAACGCGGUGCCCGACAUCGCAGGUGAGGGCAAAGGGGAGGCCAGCACCAGUGACGUCACCAAAGACUUGGCAGAGAUGGACUUAAAGGAUGCAGGAGAGCCCGAGUCUUCUCCGGCCCCUGAGGCCGAGGGCUCCACCAGUCAAGAUGCCCAGGGAGGCGGAGGUCCAUCCUAAGCGGGAGGCGGUGGUACAGAGCGAAGGGAGAUGGAGUCAGAAACGCUAUCCCUCAGUGAUGGCUCGUUUGGAGCUUGGCCGGCACCAAUUGGAUCAGAUGCUGUGAGGGCAGGCAACCGCUGGGAAGUCCAACUGCCAUUUGAGAUGCUUCUCUUCUGCUUUGGACUCUGUUUAGUCCCUUAAAUAUUCCCCAUGAGAUGAGGAGGCGAAGAGACUUUGGGCUUAUGUGGAGACUGAGCUGAAAACAUUUGAACGGUCCAAACAAUUUCCAGCCGUAUCACGGAGGGGGAGCUCAUAACCACGUGUCAUUUUCUUUCUAUAUGUGUGCGCGUGUGUUUGUUUGUAACCCUCUUGACCUGUUUCAUUAUCAAGUGUUGCCCCUUCCCCCCCCCCCCCCACCCCCCCCGCAAUAUCCAACUUAGUCUCCAUGAUACUGUCGUGUAUGGACUCUGUAUUUAUUGCUAACUGUUCAGUGAUAACUUUGUGAUAGCUAUUUUCUUUGUGUAAUAAAAAAGCUUAUGAAUCCAA